AUGGCGGUUACCGUCCUACCUGCCAGCUCUAUGACUGAAUCCGUCAAGCUGGCAGUCCGAUCAACAACAACAUGCUCCGAUGCCACCGUGUUGUCCCUCCAAACCCUCCUACGCGCAACCUCGAAAACCUCCGAAAAGCCCUCGCGGAGAACAACAAAAUCCUCGAAGGAAGCAACUACCGCUUCGAGUCGUGCGAAAGCUUCCAGGACCAAAGCGAAGCCCGUGACCGACACGCUGCACCCAAUUGUCGAUCAGGAUGGCUCUACAUUAACGCCCCAAGAGAAGCUCGUCCUCUCCACGGAGGUGUUCAAUACCACGCUUAAGACCCUCACAGACGCGUUGAAGGUUCCUGUAGCAAAGCGACAGACGCAGGUCUCAGACAAUAUCUCGACAAAGUCAGGAAGGUCGGGCGUUGCUGGCGUCGACGCGGGCGUCUACGCAGCUGCCGAGUGUGCGAGACUGGCCCUGGCAACAUUACGAGCUCUCAAAGUCGACAACUCAAAUGGGGAAUUCCCCAAUAUGCAGCUUGAGCAAGGAGUAUGCGUAUUGGUGGGGAAGUUGAUUUCCUUGGGAUUAAAUGACAUGGCCUGCAAAGAAUUACGAUCUCUCAAGCGAAGAAUACAACAGCAUCUGGGUAUCCAGAAGACGGGAAAGAAAGCUAUGGAUCUGAAUGCGACACUAGACGAAGAGACAGGGAGAGAACGAAUGUCCGAUCUUGUCACGUUCGCGAAUAUCGCAAACGCACAGUCCAUCUACGGCCUCCUUGUAACAUUUCACUCAAACGCGAUGCGUCUUCUUGCCUCUGAUCGAAAAGCCUCGACUCUUCAGAAAUUGUGUCCAUUGCUGCAGUUGUCUGAUCCCAGCAGCCCUGCUCAGGUCAUCAAUGCGGCGUUCAAAUCAGGCAGCUUACCUGCCGAUAAAGCCGCUCUUCAACUCCAAUUGCAUUCUAAUACUGUUUUAUCUCUAUGCUCCGGAAGAUCAAGCUCGAACGACGACUCGCCAACAAAUUUGAAGCCGAUCACGAAUUUGACUCUGCAACUAUUGUCCUUAGAGAUUCGGUCUCUGGGAUGGAAGAUCUCCGGACACGUUUGUGACGAAAGCAAAGAAGUGCUUGAACCGCUUCUCCGAUACCUCGGAAGCUUCUCUCAUCGCAGUAAAGCGAUGGAGAAGACCGAAUUCGCUAUGAUCUACAAAACAAUCACUCGCGUUCAGUCAUCAAUAUCGGAGAUCUUGAAGAGGCCUCGGGAUGCCAAGGAUACGACUUCAGCGGCUAGGAUAAUGACCAUUCUUGGCCAACUUGCUUUGGACGCGGGGUGUUUCGAGGAAUCCUUGAAGCUGUUCGGCCAGACUAUCGCCCCAUUUACCAGCGCCCAGAGUCUUUCAUUGGCUACCGUUCAGUGUAAGAGCGCUUCAGUCUACUUUCAAGCAUUGAAAAGCUCAAAGAAUUUCUUGGACGGAGCGCUUCAGUCUACAUCAGAAGCGUCCGAAGCCCUGGGCUUGCAUCUCAGAGGAAAUUCAUCGGAUCUUGACGAGCUUCUCGUUGAAGCUGCUAGGCUCAAGAAACUUGCACUUGCUUGUGAUGUGAAAGAGAUCGAAAUGUUCCAAUUGAGAGUCUCUAUGUCCAAAAGCAUUAUAUUUGCUGCGGUUGAUUCUGCUGUUGCUGUUGGAAAAUUGUCGAUCACAUCAGGAAGACCACCUUGGGAUGACAUGAUUCCUAUUCUGGCCGAUUGCCAUCGCCUUCUCGUCAGCCUCGAGAACAGCAAUGAAACUGGCCCUCAUCAAGCGCUGAGUGAGAGCAUUGGCAUGGCUCUUGUCAAACUCUCCAAUGUUUUCUGGUCUCGCUAUAUCAAGGAGAAGGAGGCUGGACAAACGUAUCGUGAACUUAUUCCUCUUCUCAAGCAAUCUACCCAGAUGAUUUCUGGCUGCUCACCAUCCCUCCGGACCACGGCCUUUGCCGCUCUCAAGUAUGAGAGAAUCGCGCACCUCUACUUAGACGGCAGUCUAUACGGCGACUCGGAGAACGCUUUCCGACAAUCAAUUGCGGAGUACAUCGAUUCUGGAACAUUGGAACAAAUCGCCGAAAGCAACUUGGCAGCUCGACCCGGUGCGGUCAGUCAGGACCCUCAAAGUCCCGGUUUCAUGCUCAAUCGAGUACUCUCUAGUCUUUUGAAGAUCAAGCUGCGCAGAAAAGGAUCCAAGUCACAGUCAAUCUAUGAAGAUGCUGAGCUGAAUAUUGAACAACAGGCAAUGCUUAUUGAGUGGCAAAUGUACCUGCUGUUUGAUAUGCAUGGACAAUCUUCUAAUGAAGACGACUUCCGUGCAAUUCUCAGUCCAGUUGUGACUACCCUUCUCGAUAUGUUCUCUUUGGAUUUUCAUCCAAUUCGUCAUGGUCGCGUGACCCUUGCUUCACUCCGGUUCUUGCUGGAGCAUCCGACUGCUCUCGACUCUGCCCUGACAGAAAGACUCCUGAAAGAAGGAUCACAGGCGCUGAAGUGCGAAAAUGGCUUCGGAGAAGACGGAGAUCUGUCUUCAUUCGCGACCCAUAUCACAAACUCAUUACGCGUUAUCAUUGGUUUCCACCUAGGCAAGUUGGAUGCAAACGAUCUAGAUGGAACGCUUGCUUCGUGGACCUCGAUGACUCGCCAGUGCUCUGACUGGAAGACAUUGCUUAAACACGUCCAUGAUACGGAUUACUGGGUUCUCCAACUCAAAGCGUUGGUCGACUACACUGAGAUCCACGGGCUAUGGAAGGCUCAGCUUGCUACCCUAGAGUUGAUCUUAAGGGCCGCUGAACUUCAGGGAUCCGGAGAUAUCUCAGAUGCGAUCAUCAUCCUUUCACGGUCGGUCUUGCAAAACUGCCGACAUGGACAUUGUCAGAAGGCGGGUCAUCUUCUGUCGCGUGGUGAACAAUAUCUUGCGCAGAAAAACGUGUCUUCCUUAGCCACAAUAUCUUACAAGCUUGCACGGGUGGAAUAUCUUCUCGAGACAGGACAGGUUGAGAAAGCUACCUCUCUUCUGAUGGCCGCCAGAGCUCUCUUUGAGAAAUGCCAGAAGUCGGAUGAGCUGACGAAGUUGUCUAUCUUGUCCAAGCUCUCAUGGGAGAGGCUUGUUGCCGACGCCGCUUUUGCCCAGUCCCGGCUAUCCACAGCACAGGGAUCAAUGACUCAGGCUCUGUUCUUUGCUAAAUUAUCUGUUCGACUCAACUGCCGCAUCUGGGCCAAGGUCGAGAAGUUAGCACAGAAGAAGCAGGAGAAGUCUUUGCCUGCAAUUCAUAGCUCCGACGUCGACGCUGUGGCCGAUAGCGUGGCCAAGCUCGAUUUAUCUCAAAAUGGAUCUUCGCCAGAUGUUUUCACCAGCUACACUCAAGGCGCGCCGUUUUGGCCACACCUCGGCUCCCAUCAUACCUGCUUGUUGAACCUCGCAACAUUAUCUGCCCAUCAUGGUCUUUUUCAGGAUGCUAUCUACUACGGAGAACAGGCUUUGAAGAUUGACAAGACACUUGAUGCCAAUGUUCGUCUCGUCGCUGCUCAGACUCAGCUUGGCUCUUAUUGGAUUCUCGGCGGCCACACGGAUGAAGGACAGGGACUCCUCGCAUCGGCUUCGGAAUCGUCCAAGCAGAUUCAGACAAGCGUUGAGGUGGUUUCUCUUCAUAUGGCCCUCGCUUCCCUGUACAAGGUCCAAGGCGAGCAUGAGAAGGCAUUGAGCUUGCUGCAGGAGGCGGACAAAGUCAUGACGGCUUUGACCUCAUCGGACGCGAUCAGCAGUACAGCAACGCCAGAAAUUGCUGCUCUUGAAGAGGGAAUGGAGAAUCUGCGAGUGAGAAGCACUCGGCGCACGACCUCGGCAUCAUCAGCGACCACUACUGUUCGACGCACUCGCGCCAGGAGCUCUGCAGCUGCCAUUGUCACUACCGUCAUUACCUCCAAAAAGACUACAACGCCUAAGGUCCCGUUACCUGAAGUUCAAUCCAAGUCUCUUCUGCGUUUGAAAGGCGACAUUCUUCGACAACAAGCAGAUUGCUUGCGGUCGCUUCGUGAUUUCGAUCGAUCUGCACAAACUCUCGCGGAAGCUCGAAAAUACGCAACUGGCCGUGAAAGCAAGGUCUCCCUAGACAUCGGAGAGAGUGGACACCUCCUGGCUGAUGCUAUUCGUAAUUUUGCCAGCCAUGCGGUGUACUGCGUGCUCCCAGAAUCUACCAUCUCGCUGCCCUCCCUCAUGUCACCUGCCGCGGGAGGAGAAGACACGAGCACACCUGUCGUGAAGCCAACGAGAAAGACCAAGGCCACGACCCGAGGACCCCGCGCGAAGGUUCAAAAGGCCAGCGAGGAUUUCUCAAUCAUGCUUGCAAAAGCGAAUGAGCGUCUCACCAGCGUCUUUGCAGACGCCACUAUUCUUGGCUCAACUCUUGAAAGUCAUGCUGCGUCCCGUUUAAUGAGUCGGAUCUCUAUGCUUUCCCACGCGACUUCUCCAGGAGGUCCCGCAACCUGGUCGCAGUCUCCAGCGAAUAUGAAUGAAAUUGGCCGUGUUGGUGCAUUCGCUCGCGAACGCAUGGCUAUUGAUUUCGACCGACAACUAGCUGACUUCUCUGACCCGCUUCUUUGGCCAACCGAGUCGCCUACGACAAUGGAGAUGACCGAAGAGAUCUGCUCGAACUUCACUGAGAACUACGUCGAUAUCCUGCCUGAAAAUUGGAAUGUUCUUUCAUUAUCUCUGAGUGCGGAUCAGACUGAGUUUGUAGUCUCUCGGCUUCAAAAGAAUCGAUCGCCGUUUCUUCUACGACUUCCACUUCGGAGGGGCACUUCUGACGAUGAUGAGGAGGAGCAAUUUACCUUUGAGGACGGAAAGGGUGAAAUGCAAGAGCUUAUCAAGCUGGCAAACCAGAGCGCGCAUGCUGCUAAAUCCCAGACAGACAAACAGUCGAGGAAGGAGUGGUGGAAGAAUCGCGAGGCCCUUGAUCAGCAAAUGGAAAGUCUCCUGCAGAAUAUUGAAAAUGUCUGGUUUGGAGGCUUUAGAGGUGUUUUCUCGCCGCUUUCGCGGGAUAGCUCUGCCUUGGCAAGGUUUUCGAGUGCCUUUCAGGGUAUUCUUGACAAGCAUCUUCCCUCUCGACAGAAGGGCGGAAAGGCCUCAUCGCCUCGUCUUACGCUUCAUCAGAAUGUUGUGGAGCUGUUCAUUGGGUUGCGAGAUCUCGAACAGCAGGAGGAGCCUGAGGAUACGCUAAUGGAUCUUCUUUACUUCGUGGUCGACAUCCUCCAGUUCCAAGGUGAGCGCAAUGCUUACGACGAGAUCGAUUUUGACAUGAUGGUCGUCGACACCCUCGAUGCCUUGCGAUGCUAUCACGAAGCUGCGCGAGAUGAGCUUGCAUCUCGACCACCCAGCCAUACCGUCUUGGUUCUAGACAAGGCCCUUCACUUGUUCCCCUGGGAAUCUCUACCCUGCCUCCACGGAUUCCCAAGUUCUCGAAUUCCGGGACACCGCUCUGGUGCAGUCCUAGAUCGUACCUUGGGCUCAUUUAUCCUCAACCCAACCGGGGAUCUACGCACCACACAAGCGACGUUCGAAGGGAACCUUUCGGCGCAGAAAUCUUGGACUGGUAUCAUCAAACGCGAGCCCACAGAAGACGAGUUCCGCACAUCCCUCGAAACAAAAGAUUUGUUCCUGUACUUCGGUCAUGGCAGCGGCGCUCAGUACAUCCGCGGUCGCACCAUCAAGCGCAUGAACAAGUGUGCGGUCGCGUUCCUCAUGGGCUGCAGUAGCGGUACCUUGACCGAAGCAGGCGAGUACGAACCAUACGGUACGCCUAUGAACUACCUUCACGCUGGCAGUCCCGCACUUGUUGCUACUUUGUGGGAUGUCACUGAUAAGGACAUCGAUCGAUUCUGUACAUCCACCUUUGAUACGUGGGGUUUGCUUGGGAAGAAAGGGAAGUCUCGUUCGCUUGAUGUUGGUUUGGACACUGCCAUCGCAGGUGCAAGGGAAAAGUGCGUGCUGAAGUAUUUGAAUGGGGCUGCGCCUGUCAUUUAUGGUGUUCCGGUGUUUUUGGAUUGA